AUGGGUCAAGUCGUAUUGGACUCGACCAAUCCUUUGAACCCCGGGGCUCACAAGGGCCGGUUCUACUUUGGAGAGCUAUUGGAGGAUCCUGCUGGUUGUGAUGCAAAUAUUUCAGCGAUGCAUGCAGGUAUAGCGGAAGUUGCUGCAGCUAAGGCGCGGAUGUUUAUUAACAAACCUGACGGAAUGGUCAGAGAAGAAAGGGGUCCAUAUAGUGAUCCUCAACAUCCCUAUUUUUACGAGGAAGAAGAUGUGUGGAUGGCACCAGGCUUCAUCAACCAGUUUUAUGAGGUUCCUGAAUAUUGGAAAAUGUAUGUGCAUGAAGUGGAUCAAGAAAGGGAGAUGUGGUUGAACUCAUUCUAUAAAGCUCCUUUAAGGUUGCCUAUGCCUGCUGAGCUUGAAUACUGGUGGUCGAAAGAUCAGAGUCCAGAAUUCGUUCUCAUUAACAAGGAACCAGAGCCUGAUCCUGAAGAUCCGUCGAAGCUCAUAUAUACUGAAGAUCCAGUCAUCCUACACACGCCAACUGGACGAAUAAUCAAUUAUGUCGACGAUGAAGAAUAUGGCGUGCGCUUAUUUUGGCAACCACCUCUGAAUGAUGGGGACGAUGUGGACCCAGAAAAGGUUCAGUUCCUACCCCUGGGAUUUGAUGAAUUCUAUGGAAGAGAUGUGAGCAUGAAGAAGGAAAACAUAUUGAUGCGCCUUGUAACUGCAGUGGAAAAUGCAUGCAAGCCAAUGUUUGACAAACUCGAGAAAUGGACCGAGGAGAAGAAGAAAGCUGGUGAGAUGAAGAUGGAGCUAUUGGAAAAGGAGAUUGAAUUAGUGGAAGCUGAACUGUGUCUGAAAGAGGCCAUCGAAGAUAUGGAUGAGGAGCUGAAGAGAAUGCAGAAAGAGGAGGAGAAGAAAGUGGAAAAGGGCUUGCAGGAUGAAGAAGAUAUUAUAUUUCCUGAACCAGAUAACCAGUUUGAAAAAACUGAAGCUGAUGAGGAGGAAGAUGAGGAGGAGGAAGAGGAGGAUAAUGUUAGUUUUGGGUCUGUUAUUCAAGAUCAAGGCUCAAGAACAGAUGACCAGAAGGGAAAUGGAGCUGGAAAGUCUUCAUUUGCUGCAUCUUCCUUAUCAUUUGCUAAUUGUAGCCUCUUUUCAACGGUUCCAUGCCAGCUACAGCAUUCAUUUUCAAUGUGGAAGAAGGGAAAAUUGCAACCUCAGACUUCUCCACCUCGCCUUUGUCUGAUGCCCAUGGAGGUACCUGCUUCAUCAUGCGCAGUUAGUUUUCCCUGCAGAGUUAGCCAAAGUUGGACAUUGAGAGCAGUGAGGCAGACACAUCACCAGGGUAAGCACAUCACCGGAUUGCAUCAGAGAAAACAUUCAAAGCAGAAAGCUUGUGCAAAACCCCAAAUUUACCUAUCAGAACAGAAGCUAAACAUUUUAUCUUGGCAUUCCCCAGUAUAG